AGUGACUGGAAAGGUGUGUCCCUUUCUGCCUCUGUGAUAUGAUUUUGAUGUCCCUUGAGGUUACCUGGGGUCCUCUCUCCACUACACAGAAGCACUGACACCUUGGGGCUCUGGCUGAGAACAUGGCCAAUGACAUUGAUGAGCUUAUCGGCAUCCCUUUCCCUAACCAUAGCAGCGAGGUGCUGUGCAGCCUCAAUGAGCAGCGGCAUGCCGGCCUACUGUGUGACGUGCUGCUGGUGGUUCAGGAGCAAGAGUACCGAACACACCGCUCGGUGCUGGCGGCCUGCAGCAAAUACUUCAAGAAGCUCUUCACUGCUGGGAGCCUGGCCAGCCAGCCCUACGUCUAUGAGAUUGACUUUGUCCAGCCUGAAGCUCUGGCUGCCAUCCUGGAGUUUGCCUACACCUCCACACUCACGAUCACCGCCUCCAAUGUCAAGCACAUCCUCAAUGCCGCCCGGAUGCUGGAGAUCCAGUGCAUUGUGAAUGUGUGCCUGGAGAUCAUGGAGCCUGGUGGCAACGUCGGUGAGGAGGAUGACAAGGAGGAGGAGGAGGAGGAGGAUGAAGAUGAUGAAGAUGAAGAUGAUGAAGAGGAGGAAGAAGAGGAAGAGGAGGAGGAGGAGGAUGACACAGAGGACUUUGCUGACCAGGAAAACUUGCCUGACCCCCAGGACAUCAACUGCUCCCAAAGCCCCUCCAAGACAGACUGUCUCACAGAGAAGGACUAUUCAGACACACCCAGGGACUUCCCCAAUUCCUUCCAGCCCGGCAGCCCUGGCCAUCUGGGAGUGAUCCGGGACUUCUCUAUUGAAUCUCUGUUGAGGGAGAACUUGUACCCCAAAGCUAACAUCCCUGACAGAAGACCCUCCUUAUCUCCAUUUGCCCCAGAAUUCUUCCCACACCUCUGGCCAGGUGACUUUGGUGCCUUUGCCCAGCUGCCUGAGCAGCCCAUGGACAGUGGGCCACUGGAUCUAGUCAUCAAGAACCGCAAAAUCAAGGAGGAGGAGAAAGAGGAGCUGGCCCCACCCCCACCCCCUCCCUUCUCUAGCGACUUCUUCAAGGACAUGUUUCCAGACCUGCCGGGUGGGCCGCUGGGCCCCAUCAAGGCAGAGAAUGACUAUGGUGCCUAUCUCAAUUUCCUGAGUGCCACCCACCUGGGGAGCCUCUUCCCACCCUGGCCGCUGGUGGAGGAGCGCAAGCUGAAGCCCAAGGCCUCUCAGCAGUGCCCCAUCUGCCACAAGGUCAUCAUGGGGGCUGGGAAGCUGCCCCGGCACAUGAGGACCCACACCGGGGAGAAGCCGUACAUGUGCAGCAUCUGCGAGGUCCGCUUCACCAGGCAGGACAAACUGAAGAUCCACAUGCGGAAGCACACGGGGGAGCGGCCCUACUUGUGCAUUCACUGCAACGCCAAGUUCGUGCACAACUACGACCUCAAGAAUCACAUGCGCAUCCACACGGGUGUGCGGCCCUACCAGUGCGAGUUCUGCUACAAGAGCUUCACGCGCUCUGACCACCUGCACCGCCACAUCAAGCGGCAGAGCUGCCGCAUGGCGCGACCCCGGCGUGGUCGCAAGCCUGCUGCCUGGAGGGCGGCCAGCCUGCUCUUCGGGCCGGGUGGCCCCUCACCCGACAAGGCGGCCUUCGUGAUGCCACCUGCACUGGGCGACGUGGGUGGCCACCUGGGCAGCACGGCCAUGUGCCUCCCGGGCCCCAGCCCCGCUAAGCACUUCCUGACCGCACCCAAGGGCACCCUGAGCCUGCAGGAGCUGGAACAGCAGUUCGAGGAGACGCAGAUGAAGCUGUUCGGACGCGCGCAACUCGAGGCUGAGAGGAAUGCGGGUGGCCUUCUGGCCCUGGCGCUGGCCGAGAACGUGGCUGCCACUCGGCCCUACUUCCCACUGCCCGACCCCUGGGCAGCUGGCUUGGCUGGCCUCCCUGGUCUCACCGGCCUCAACCAUGUGGCCUCCAUGUCUGAAGCCAACAACUAGGCUGGCCCUGGUCCACCCUAGUCCCAAACCCUGUCUUAAGUCCCUCUAAGGCCUGCCCUGCCCCACCCAGUGGACCUGAACUUUCUAGUUUGCAAACACAAAGGGAAAACGAAAGAAAUAUAUACAUUUUAGCUGAGAUGCAAUUUUCUUGGUCUUCGAGGGCAGCAUCUCCUUUUGGCGGGUGUCUGAGCUAGACAUCUCUUCCCUGAGGGUUUGGAACCCCCCACCUCUCCCCGGCUGCCUCUGGUUCACACAGAAAUACACAGGUGUCAAGUCUCAGAAUGCUCCACACUGGUGCCAGGAGCACAUUGCUGCGGUACGGGAUUGUGAGGAGGAAGCAUUCUGCUGGGCUGGCCGGGAGGAGCCAGCAUGAGGACUGUGUCCUGGCCAGGCACCUUGGUUGAGCCAUUCUACCCUAUGGGAGUGUCCAUCCCAAAACUGCCUUCAGAGUCAGGUUCCAGCUCAGAGGUCCCGGAUCCACUUGAGCAAUGCUUCCGGGUCAUGGGAAAAGACCAUCCCUGAUGGGCAGAAAGGCCUCCAGCAGCCAGGAGCUGACAUGGAGUGAGCCCAUUCUAUAUCGGCUUGACCUGUGACAUUAGGAGGAUCAACUCUCUGUGCCUCAGAGUCCCCUUGCUGUGAAAAGGGGUGGUAACUUACAGUCCCCUCCCCCACUUCCAUACAUAUUCACACCUGUUCCUAUGACAAGGGUAUCUUGGAAGGUAGAUGGUUAGCACCCCCAGAGUUACUGGGGAGACUCUAUCUUGCUGGAGUUGGUUUCAUCACCUCCAUGUGGACAUCAGCGUGUUAGCCUCCGAGAGAGAUUCGGCAGAACUAGACAGGAACGACAGAAUGAGAGAGAGAGAGAGAAGCUGGGCUUCGUGGCUUUCAAUACCCACAGGUAGCUCCAGGAACCCCAAAUUCUGCCACACUGUCAGGCCAUUGCCAUAUCUAGACACCCCCUGGAAAUGAGAGUCAGCAUUGGCUCACUCCACACUCCCUCAAUGUUCAGGCUCCUUUCGCUAACACUGGAGGAAUGGAUGGGUGUAACCACCACCGUCUGCCUGGCUCCCCACAACUCUGCAAAUGGCACAGAACCUAGUUGUCCAGGGCUCAGCUAUUUACUGCUUGAGUUGAGGUUGUGAGCCCAGGUCUGGGCUUUGCUGGGGACACCCUUCUACUAUGUUUGAGCUCCUGAUCACCCUUUCUGUAUUUAACCAAAGGGCUCCCCAUGCAAGGGUGGAGUCCCUUUGGUUGUGAUGGGCUGUGUAGCAAGUCACACUCGGGCUGGCUCUGGGUUGGUAGUAACAAGACAACUUUGCUGGCCCAUGCUUUCUUGAAUUUACAUUGGUUUCUUGAGGUCCCAGGAAGGAGAAUCCACCUGCUUAGAAGGCCUAGGCUUGGAGUCCCAGAGCCCCAAGAGGAGACUCAGCUCUUCCCAGAUCAAUUGCCUUGGCUUCUUCAUAUACAAACAGAAACACAAACACAAAGACCAGAGAAGACAGUAGACUCUAUCCCUCCUGAAGCUCCCAAGAGAGUCCCUGCCUGCCAAUGCCACCAGACGACAGUCCAAUAGGGAGGACCUUCCUCAGAUCCCCUGUCCUCAUCAGUCACCUGUUGGGCAGCUGCCUCCUAAAUUCCUGUCUGUAGCUGAAGCAGACUGAGAACCAACAGAGGGACCCAGGGGAGGGCAGCGGUGUCAAGCUUCUGUUUUUAUUUUGUAAAGGUAAUGACUUCUUAUAAACUCACUUUUUCAGA